AUCCAGAAUGCACCCUUUAAACUGUUUUCCUGAAGGCUAUUACCUGCACAUGUAAUUACAAGAAUCUAAAGCUUUUUCAGUUUUGUGUCCCGGUGCAACCUGAUUCUAAAAAACAUAUUGUCAACCAAACAUAACGCUGUAGCACAGUGAUUAACCACCGUAUGGAAAUUGACGAAGGGCGCACCAGAGGGUGGCCCUUUUAAAUUUGAACUGCUCCUAUGUUGCAAUACUUACGGUAAAAUAAUAAUUUAUAAUUCACGGUAACAUUGAUCCCGCCACACUUCCGGAGUUAACGGAGGCAACAACAACUCACUGGAGGACAAGAAGUCAAUUUUUCAGUGCAAGUCUCUUUACACGUCAGCGUGGCAUUUAACACAAAGUAUACUAACCAGAUGCAGACACGGACAUUAUAGUUUAGGUACCGGUAUUUGCAAAACUAUAGCCUAACUAGUUAGAUGCUACUGUUUACGUAGUCUAAUUUCUUUCGCCAUAGUAAUUGUUAGUUAUUAUUACGUUUUUAUUAUUCUCACUGUCGAAUCCCUACCUUGGUUAGUGGCAUGAUUAAAUCCCAUGCCUGCGGAUAACCGAAGAAAAGAGAUUACCAUCAGGAUUUACUUGAUAUCAAGACUACAGCGAAACCACUCCUCAGAUCCAACCUCUUGUUAGCCAUUAGCCAGGCUUUAACAUAGUAUCAGCGUAUGCGAUUCUUUUUCUACAAAACAUCUUUGCAAAUACAUUUCUUGCUCAGUUUACUUUCCUUGAUAGUCUUAUUUUCUAAAUUGACCGAGGGCAGUCUCGGGGCAUAAUAAAUAUGAUAAUGUAUUAUCAUAUGUAGGCCUAAUAAUAUUUAAUAUGAUAAUAUUUAAUUUAAUCAUAUUUAAAGUUCAGUCAGAUGCAAACAUAUUACACGUGGAUCUUAUUUCGAGUAGGAGCUCACGGAGAGAUCAUGUUGAAAUGUAUAGUUAUAAUACAGAGGCAUACAAAAGAGGAAGGACAGUCACAUUCUGGCCCCUUUACUUCGGAAAUGAUUCAGCCCCCUGACCCGAUUUCUAGGUCUGAAAACUUGGUUUUUCAAAAGCUUAUCAGCACUCAGCAGUCCUCUUGCGAUGACCAUGUGCAUAUCAGAAGAGCCUGGGUGGUAUCUCGACCUAAACGUUGGGAACCACUGCUGGCCGAUGGACAUUUCGGGAGGCCCCUAAACCCCUUCUGACAGAUGACAGGCCUGGCCAAUAAUCACUGAAGCCAGUAAAGUCUGUAAAUGAGGACACUGGCCAAAUCGAUCCAAAAUGAUGGUGGGUGUAACUCUUCUCCUCACUGGGGUCCUAGUCUCUGGAAUACUGCUGCACAAAGCCAACCAAAACACAGCAUAUGUAUCUACACCCUCGGAAAGGCCCAACUUCAUCAUCAUACUGGCUGAUGAUAUAGGCUGGGGUGACCUGGGGGCCAACCAGCCAGGUCAGAGAGCAAACAACACCCCCAAUAUAGAUCUACUGGCUCUCCAAGGCCUCAGGUUGACAGACUUCCAUUCGCCGGCGUCCACCUGCUCUCCGUCCCGCGCCGCCAUUCUCACCGCUCGCUACGGCGUCCGGAACGGCGUGACACACAACUUCGCCGUCCGAUCGGUGGCGGGCCUGCCCCUGUCGGAGGUGGCGUUGCCGUGGUUACUGCAGGAGUCCGGCUACUACACGGCCAUGAUAGGGAAAUGGCACCUGGGUCACUGCGGGCCCUACGCUCCGACGAGGCGAGGGUUCGACUACUACUUAGGAAUUCCCUACAGUAACGACAUGGGCUGUACGGACGUUCCCGGAUCUGACCUGCCUCCCAGCCAACCCUGUUCUGCAGGCCCUCAGGGAGAGCCCAGCCUUGUGUUUCGAAAAUAUUGUUGAUCACAUGAGGCUGUUGACUGCAGAGUGGGCCUGCCGCUGUUGGAGAACUGCACCGUUGUGCAACAGCCUCUGGACCUGUGGACUCUCACCCUGCUCUACAGAGACGCAGCUCUGAGGAUCAUCCACUCUGCCAGGCAACGGAAACAGCCGUAUUUGCUCUACGUAGCAUUGGCCCACAUGCAUGUGCCCUUAGCCCCGCCCCCGGCGUCCUUCUCAACCAAUGAACUUGAUGGGGGGCGGGACGUGUAUGCGGCGAGCCUGCAGGAGAUGGAUGAUCUGGUGGGGGCGCUAAAGCGAGCGUCGGAUGAAACCAACCGUGAUAACACGCUCAUCUGGUUCACAGGCGAUAACGGCCCCUGGGAGAAGAAGUGUCAGUAUGCAGGAAGUGUGGGGCCGUACACUGGGACGUGGCAGACCAGCCGAGGUGGGGGCUCGGCCAAGCAGACCACCUGGGAGGGUGGCCACAGGGUGCCUACGGUGGCUUACUGGCCCAGCAGGAUCCCUGCCAACACCAGCAGCAACGCCUUGCUCAGUGGGAUGGACAUCUUCCCAACGCUGCUCUCCAUGGCCGGGCUGAAGCCCCCGGUGGACAGACGCUAUGACGGCAUCGACGCCACGGACGUCCUCCUGAAUGGUGACCAGACCGGCCGGGAGUUCCUCUUCCAUCCUAAUAGUGGUGCUUCCGGGCUCUUCGGUGACCUGCAGACCGUUCGAGCCGGGCAACACAAAGCCUUUUACAUUACAGGUUCAGCCGAGGCCUGUGGUGGGGGGAGGGGGACACAGCUGCUGCAUGACCCCCCCCUGAUCUUUGACCUGGGCGUCGACCAGGCUGAGGCCACGCCCCUGGACGCCGGCGCCCCGGAUUACCAGGAAGUGCUGGGCAAAGUCACCAAAGCCAGGGAGGAGCUACUGUGGGACAUCGCCACCGACCAAUCGGUGUCCGCGGCUGACUACACCCAGGACCAAUCAGCGGCGCCGUGCUGCGACCCGCAGCGCGCGUCCUGCCGCUGCCCUGGGCCGGCUGGAGGCUAGGGAAACAUGCACAUGGGCGCACACACACGCAUAUACACAUGUGAACGCACACGCGCGCACACACACGCACACACACACACACACACACACACACACACACACACACACACACACACACACACACACACACACACACACACACA